AUAUGGCUUUCUGACAUGAAGAAACAGACACAGAAACAGAUUACCGUGCACCUGGAGCCUCAGAAGAAGGUGCUUAGGAAAAGACACACUAAAGAAGCAGUUCUCAGACGUGCCAAGAGAAGAUGGGCUCCUAUUCCCUGUUCAAUGCUAGAGAAUUCCUUAGGCCCGUUUCCUUUGUUUCUUCAACAAGUUCAGUCUGAUGCAGCACAGAAUUAUACCAUCUUCUACUCAAUAAGUGGGCAUGGAGUUGACCAAGAACCUUUAAAUUUGUUUUUCAUAGAAAGAGACACUGGAAAUCUAUAUUGUACCCGACCUGUGGAUCGUGAAGAAUAUGAAGUUUUUGAUUUAAUUGCCUAUGCGUCCACUUCAGAUGGGUAUUCAGCAGACUUGCCUCUCCCAUUGCCUAUCAGAAUAGAGGAUGAAAAUGACAAUCAACCUAUUUUCACAGAAAAAAUUUAUAAUUUUGAAGUUCUAGAAAGUAGCAGAUAUGGAACUACAGUGGGAACGGUUUGUGCCACAGACAGAGAUGAACCAGACACGAUGCACACACGCCUGAAGUACACGAUCCUGGAGCAGACCCCCAGGUCUCCAGGGCUCUUCUCUGUGCACCCCAGCACAGGGGUCAUCACCACAGUGUCUCACUCGAUGGACAGAGAGGUUGUAGACAAGUACUUACUGGUAAUGAAAGUACAGGACAUGGAUGGUCAAUUUUUUGGUUUAAUGAGUACCUCAACUUGCAUUAUAACAAUAAAAGAUUCAAAUGACAACCCACCUACUUUUAGAAAAAGUAGUUAUGAAACAUCUGUAGAUGAAAAUGCAUAUAAUGUGGAAAUCUUAAGAAUACCAGUAGAUGAUAAGGAUUUGAUUAACUCUGCCAACUGGAGAGCCAAUUUUACCAUCCUAAAAGGCAAUGAACAUGGACAUUUCAAAAUCAGUACAGACAAGGAGACGAAUGAAGGUGUUCUCUAUAUUGUAAAGCCACUGAAUUAUGAAGAAAACCAUCAAGUGAUGCUGGAGAUCGGUGUAACCAAUGAAGCUCCAUUUACUAGAGAUGUGCUCAGAACAACCACCAUGAACAGAGCCUCGGUCACAGUUCAUGUGAGGGAUCAGGAUGAAGGGCCAGAAUGCAGCCCUGCAGUCCAAUUUAUACGGAUCAAAGAGAACUCAGAAGUGGGGCUGAAGAUUAAUGGCUAUAAGGCAUUCGACCCUGAAACUAAAAAUAGCAAUGGUUUAAGGUACAAAAAAUUGCAUGAUCCUAAAGGCUGGAUCACCAUUGAUGAAGUUACUGGUUCAAUACUAACUUCCAAAAUUCUGGAUAGGGAGGCCGCGGCUCCCAGAAAUGACAUAUAUAAUAUUACAGUUCUGGUUUCAGACCAAGAUAGUAGAUCAUGUACUGGCACACUUGCAGUUAACAUUGAAGAUGUGAACGACAAUCCACCAGAAAUACUUCAAAAUGAUCUAAUAGUUUGCAAACCAAAGAUGGGGCAUAUAGACAUUUCAGCUAUUGAUCCCGAUGAACCUAUCCAUGGUGCUCCAUUUUCUUUCAGCUUAACAAAUCCGUCUCCAGAAAUCAACAAGAUCUGGGCUCUCACCAAAGUUAAUGAUACAGCUGCUCGUCUUUCUUAUAGAAAAAAUGCAGAAUUUCAAGACUACCAUAUUCCUGUAACUGUAAAAGAUAGAGAAGGGCAAUCUGCAACAAAAACCUUGAGAGUGAAUGUAUGUGACUGCACCCACCCAAGUCAAUGCCAAAGAAAUUUGAGAAGUGCAGGAAUAGUACUUGGAAAAUGGGCAAUCCUGGCAAUCUUGUUGGGUUUGGCACUGCUUUCUACUGUAUUGCUAACUUUAGUAUGUGGAGUUGUUGACACCAAAAAAAAGAAAGGCUUUCCUGAAGACUUAGCACAGCAAAAUUUAAUUAUAUCAAACACAGAAGCACCUGGAGAUGAUAAGGUGUGUUCUGGCAAUGGGUUUAUGACUCAGAGAGUCAACAACUCUAACCAAGGCUAUUGCGGAACUAUGGGAUCAGGAGUCAGAAAUGGAGGGCAGGAGACCAUCGAAAUGAUGAAAGGACACCAGACCUUGGAGUCCUGCCGGGGCCACGGCCACCACCACACCUUGGAUUCCUGCAGAGGAGGACACGUGGAGAUGGACAGCAGCAGAUACACCUACUCGGAGUGGCACAAUUUCACUCAGCCCCGCCUCGGAGAGAAAUUGCAUAAAUGCAAUCAGAAUGAAGACCACAUACCAUCUCAAGAUUAUGUGCUUUCCUAUAACUUUGAAGGAAGAGGAACUCCAGCUGGGUCCGUGGGUUGCUGCAGUGACAAACAGGAAGAAGAUGGCCUCGACUUUUUAGAUAAUUUGGAAGCUAAAUUUACUGCAUUGGCAGAAACAUGCACGAUGAGAUAA